AUGUGGAGGGGCAAAUGGUUGCUAGUGCUGGGAGGUGUGGUGCUGCCGUGCGGUUUGCUUGCCAGUGCAGCGGCAUUGUGGUGUGCGCUUUGCUUCCCUCUUGUUGUGGUUGCAGAUGAAGGGCAGCUGGGACGCUGGUGGGAGGGGAGCCGAAGGCGAGCGGUGGGAUUUUGUGCGGCUGCCGUGUCAUCUUCGGGUGCCGCCUCCGUGCCGACCGGAGCGGCGUACGUGCGGGGGUUUGGAGUGCCUCGCAGAGUGCCGCAGCCGCGCAUUUUUCGAGCAUGCUCCUGGGGAACGCUGCCGCCAAAUGACGCGAGCUACGACAGGGGCUUGGCAGCGUUGAUGGGUGUGUGCCGGGGGCCGUUGCCUUCGCGUUGA